CUCUUAACGCAGCCCUCUCGAAAUGGUCAAAUUGAAAAAUGCUUUGAAGAUUGUGCUGCUGGCAAUGGGUGUAUUCGAAUUGAUCUUUGCGGAAAAGGUGUCCACGACUAUUGCUUCGGCCGCGUUGCAGAGGAGAUUUGAAGAUGUUGUAAUCGUUUCGCCCGAGCUGGUUAUGGACGCCUUGAGACUAAUGUUAGUGUGGGCCAGUGGCAAUACGGCUGACGAAAUAAGAAAUGUGCUGAAAAGACAGGCUGGAAUAACUAGCAAGUUUUGGGAUGAAUAUCCAAGUGUGACAUCGGCAACGCGUUUCUUUAUGGACAAGGAUGUUAUUACCGAGCCUAACCCGGAUGUUGAAAAAGUCAACUUUGGAGACACCAAGAAAGCCAUGUCCAUUAUAAAUAAUUGGGUAGCAAAGAAAUCGAAAAACGAAAUAACGAAAUUGGUCGAUCAAAUUAAUAUGGGAACGAAAAUAAUGACGAUCAGCGUGGUCACUUACAAAAAAACUUGGAAAUAUAGAUUUAAUGAAAUGAAGUCAAGGAAGGGAAUCUUUCAUAAUGAUCGCAUGCGCGAUGUUGAGAUUACUAUGAUGAACCACGUCGGAAAAUAUCGUAUACAAUACAUGGAAAAAUUGAAUGCGGACGUCUUAGAAAUACCUUUUUGGGAAAAAGGUCUUGAUAUGCUCAUUAUUAAGCCGAGGAAGGGUUACUACCUUGAAAAGCUUGUCACAGAUUUAGCUUCUAUAGAUACACAAGACCUAAUACUGGAUGGACCCAAAAAGGAAGUUAGCAUCUUCAUGCCAAAACUUCAGCUUCAGUUUCAAAUUAGUCUUAAAAAGUCACUAAAAAGUCUGGGCAUAAAUGAUUUGUUUAAAAACGCAAGUUUCACGAAAUUGGCAAAAAGGUCAAAAGACAACAUUGAAAGUCGAAGACAUGGUGCAGCAAAUCGCAGUUGAUGUAAAUCAAAGGGGAGCCAGAGUAGCGGCUGCUGCAAGAGCUGCGAUAAUACAACGCGGUGAAGAGUUUAAAGUUGAUCGCCCCUUUGUAUUUAUUCUCAGGGAAUGUGAGUAUAUUCAUUUUGUGGGCCGUGUCAACUGGCUGAACGGAAGAUCAAUAACUCCAUUUUGAGUGACCGACAAGGAGAUACCCUUUACCCAGUUAUACUUUGAAGAAUAUAUUGUUGAAAACAAAAUUUUUUUAAAAUAUAUAUUGCGUUUUAAAACUA